AUGGGACUAACAGAGAUCCGAAAAGCGUGCGAGGUCUCUCUAGAUAUUCCUGCCGAACAGCAACCCAAGCUUCACAAUCGAUGGCAUCCAGAUAUUCCCUUUGCCGGAACUAUUAAAGAUGGCGAGACAGUGGACUGGACCGGAGGGCAAAUUGGAAAUAAUGACAGCGCGGAUGAUAUGAAGAAUGUCGAUCUCACCCGUAUCCACUAUCUUUCCGGGCCGUUUGAGAUAGCGGAAGCAGAGCCUGGAGAUGUCUUGCUUGUUGAAAUUAUGGAUGUGCAGCCGAUGGAGAAGGCACCAUGGGGAUUAUGUCCCGCUGUUGACAAUCUUUUAGGAGUUUUUGAUAAGAACAAUGGCGGUGGAUUCUUGGAUGAAUUAUAUCCCACUGCAGCCAAAGCUAUCUGGGACUUUGAGGGCAUAUAUUGUACAUCUCGCCAUAUUCCUCACGUUAAAUUUCCGGGUCUCAUCCAUCCUGGAAUAUUAGGCUGUGCACCUUCUGCAGAAGUCUUGGCCGAAUGGAACAGACGUGAAGGAGAGUUGAUUGCGGCAAAUAAACUCGACCGCAUCGUUGCUCAGCCUCCCAACGCCAAGAACGUUCAUGCAGGCAGUGCUUCCGCCGAAAUCAAAGAAAAAGUUGGGCGUGAGGGUGCCAGAACUAUUCCCGGUCGACCGGAACAUGGAGGAAACUGUGAUAUUAAGAACCUUUCUCGUGGAAGCAAGAUCUAUCUUCCAGUUCAUGUAAAAGGCGCCAAAUUCAGUGUUGGUGAUCUCCACUUCUCUCAGGGCGAUGGUGAAAUAUCAUUUUGCGGCGCUAUCGAGAUGGCUGGCGUGGUUACUAUGAAUUUCAAGGUGAUGAAGAAUGGCGUUGCAGACUUAGGAAUGAAGUCACCUCUCUAUCUCCCCGGACCAGUGGAACCUCAUUACGGGCCUGGUAGAUAUUUGACAUUCGAAGGAUUCUCUGUGGAUGAGCACGGGAAGCAGCAUUACAUGGAUGUCACAGUUGCAUACAGACAAACAAUCUUGCGCUGCAUCGAGUAUCUCCGUCGUUUCGGCUACUCCGACUACCAAGUGUACCUCCUACUCUCGUGCGCCCCAGUCCAAGGCCACAUCGCCGGCAUUGUCGACAUUCCAAAUGCCUGUACAACUCUCGGCCUCCCCAUGGAUAUUUUCGACUUCGACAUCUCCCCCAAAGGUCCAGUGACGAAAAUGGACAUGGGAAACUGUGCCUAUGAGACAGGUGUCACGGAGGGCAAGAUUACAAGUGGUGGAGAGAAUAGCGAGAUUUCUUGGGGUGGAGGCUUGACUUAUAAGAAAUGA